UUAAAUUAACUUAAACGUCAAAACAAAACAUUUGCAAGUAUAUAUUCUGAUCUUAUCAAAUGUUAAUAAUAUUUUGCGUUAUAUAAUAAUACUCAACAAAGGAUGUUAUCAUGUCUUAUAGAAGAUUUUAACUCUUAGUAAAAACGAAUAAGCUAAGUGGAACAGCAAGGAAAACAAGAUCAUCAAUUUUUUAGUAAGAAAUUAGAACAUGAACACUCAAUCAUUCUUCAUUGGCGUGGAUGUGGGGUCAGGUAGCGCCAGAGCAGCUCUGGUCGAUCAAGACGGACACAUACUGCGUACAUCAGUUAAGGAACUGCGAAUAUGGAAGCCCCAACCUGACUUUUAUGAACAGUCCUCUAAUGACAUAUGGAGCUGUUGUGAAUUUGUUAUAAAAGAAGUUAUUAGAAAUGUGAAUCCAGAAGAUAUCAAAGGGAUUGGCUUUGAUGCCACAUGUUCUUUGGUCGCAAUGGAUAGGAAUGGUAAUCCCUUAGCAGUAAGCAACUCUCACAACAAUGAACAGAAUGUUAUAAUGUGGAUGGACCACAGAGCUCAAACUGAGGCCGAGCUUAUAAACAAAACAGGUCAUGAGAUGCUUAAGUAUGUUGGUGGCAAGGUAAGCCUGGAAAUGGAGAUGCCAAAGCUAAAGUGGUUAAAGAAAAAUUUACCGAACAAGUGGUCUGAUUUCGGAUAUUUUUUUGAUUUACCAGACUACCUAACUUGGAAAGCUACAGGAUCAGAAAGCAGGUCACUAUGUUCCCUGGUUUGCAAAUGGAACUAUGAAUGUUCUAUUGAUGGUAAAAAAGGAUGGAACCAAGAUUUUCUUCAAAAUAUUGGAUUGGAUGACUUAGCUGCGUUUGACUUUAAGAAGAUAGGGAGUAAAGUUUUGAUGCCUGGAGAGAAGUGUGGUGGUCUGAAGAAUGAUGUUGCAAGAUCUCUUGGCCUUAUUCCCGGUACCCCAGUAGCUACUUCUAUCAUUGAUGCUCAUGCUGGUGGACUUGGUAUGAUUGGUACAAAUGGGGAAGGCAUUGCAAAGGAAAUGUCAAGUAGACUCAGCAUAAUAUGUGGUACUUCCACCUGUCACAUGGCUGUCAAUAAGAAGCCUGUACUAGUGCCAGGUAUAUGGGGUCCUUAUUUUAGUGCAAUGGUACCUAACUUGUGGUUGAAUGAAGCUGGCCAAAGUGCCUCUGGCAUGCUUUUAGACUAUGUCAUAUCAAGUCAUCCAGCAGGAAUUCAAUUGUUGAAUAAAUAUUCAACUGGAGAGGUGCGAACUCAUCUAAGGCAAUUGCUAUCAAAAAUGACAAAAGAAAAAGGCUUAAGCGAUGUAAGUUUACUCAGUAAAGACUUUCAUAUUUGGCCCGAUUAUCAUGGCAAUCGAUCACCAUUGGCUGAUCCAUCUAUGAAAGGAAUGAUUUGUGGGCUCACAAUAAACAACAGUGAGGAGAAUCUCGCUUUACUCUACCUUGCAACAUUACAGGCUUUAUCGUAUGGAACUCGGCAUAUAAUUGAGGCUUUGGUGGAAGCCGGUUAUGAACCAUUCAAAUCCUUGCUAAUCUGUGGUGGACUAUCAAAGGAUCCCCUGUUUGUGCAAAUACAAGCAGAUGUUGUAGCUUUGCCGGUGCUUAAACCAUAUGAAUCGGAGUCAGUUUUGUUAGGCUCUGCUAUCCUUGGUGCGUGCGCGUCACAAUACUUUAACAAUGUUCAAGUGGCCAUAGAGACCAUGGGAGGCAAAGCCGAUGUCGUCCCUCCAAAUCUUAAUACCAAAUCAUUCCAUGACAAAAAGUAUAAAGUGUUUCUUAAAAUGUAUGAAGAUCAGUUGAAGUAUAGAGCCAUUAUGAAUUAGCAAAUUUAUAUCAGAAUGUAAAUAGAAUAAAUAUUAUUACUUAAACUGUUUCAUACACAUGUUAAGUUUAACUUGGGAUUUUUAUACAGGGAUUAGUAGAUAAUCAUUAUUUUAUAUUUUAGUGCAAAUAUUGCCUAUUAUCAGAAAGGUUUUUUUUAAAUAAAAAUGUACUGUUUUAAAUGAUAAACUUACCUUGACUUUAUUUCAGUAUUUUUGCUCCUUUGCUUCUAUGAAAGUAUUAAAUAACAUGAAUUAUAAAAAAAAGAGGGAAAAUUUAUGUUUGCUGAAAAUAGGCUGUAUGAAGAAACAAAGUAAGUUAGUUACUUUAAGUAACAAUAUUUUAUCUACCAGGAUUUUAUAAAAGAAACAAAAUUUUACUAUUGUAACAUAAUUAUUACAAAUAAAUAAUCAAAUAAAUUGGAUAACACACAAGAAAGUUAUUCAAUAGAUUUCCAAAAAAUAAAGACAACUUAAUGUCAGACAAACGUACAAUACAGAACACUUAAAUAAAAUUUGGAGCUUACAAUACAAUUAAUAAACAUUAAAAAUAAAUUUUUCAUAAUCAUUAUACCAAGUAAUUAAGUACUCAAUGUAAAAAAGGUAUGUCCUAAAAAUUACUCUCCCAAAACUCGAUCAACAUCAUGUAGUAGCAUGUAUGUACUAAUAUUAUCACAAUUAUUUGUACAAGUGCUAAUGAUGGCUGAAAAAACAUAGAAAUUCGUUUUUAAGUACUGAAAAAGACGCAAUUAGGUAGUUUAACAAAGUUGUAAGCUAUAAUCAUGUUAAACCAUAUUUUUUACAGAACUGUAACAUUAAAACUAUAAUGGUAUAUUUUCAUCCAUAAUGGAUUUUUAUAUUUUAAAGUUUAAAUCAAAAUGUUUUUUUUUUCUUUAUCAGAAAUAAUAUAAAAAUAAUAUGUAUUAGUGACAGUAAAUUAAACAUAGUUAAGUAACAAUGGUAGCUUGACAUCUUGAAUACUUUCUCACAAUGCAAAGGAACUAUUAAUUUAUAGAAAUUGAGCAUUUCCUGUUUAGAAGCAGAAUUGUGACCAA